AUGAGACUUGUAACAGUUUAUUUAACAUUUAUUUAUUUUAAUUAUUACCAGUGCCAAAAAGCCUCAUUAAAAUGUCAGGAAUAUGGAAAAGCCGUGUAUGUUCAAAAGGAAAGUCCAACAUUAACAACAAUUUCAAAAGUAAAUAAUGUUUCUGAAUGUGGUAUUGUCUCAGUUCCAUUAAUAGUUGGUGGGGAGUUGGCAUCUGAAAAGGAGUUUCCACACAUGGCUGUAAUAGGAUUUGGAUUAUCGCCGGAUGCUGAAUUAAAAUGGGACUGUGGAGGUUCCUUAAUAAGCGAAUUGUAUGUUUUAACAGCAGCUCAUUGUCUAGAAAGUCGUCAGCUCGGUCCUUCACAGAAAAUAAGAUUUGGUAUCCUCCGUCUACAAGAUACUAGUUCCAAUUUACAAGAACGCUUGGUGACUAAAAGAAUUCCACAUCCAGAACAUAAAAGCCCGUUAAAAGCAAACGACAUUGCAUUAAUACAGAUGGACCAACCGAUAAUAUUUACGCCGUCUGUAAGACCAGCCUGUUUAAGUGUAAAUGAUAUUAGACCUGGAAAUAAAGCUCUUGCAACGGGGUUUGGUAAAGUUACUUACGAAGCAGAAUCGGGCAGCGAAAGUUUAAUGAAAGUAACACUUACGAUUUAUUCCAAUGAUAAGUGUGAAAAAAUUCUACCAGCUAAAGAAACAAUACGGAAUACUAUGCUAUGUGCAGGGAAGUUAAGUGGCGGAAAGGACACAUGUCAGGGAGAUUCCGGAGGACCCUUACAGACUGUUUUGAAAGAUCCUUAUUGCAUGUAUAGUAUCGCUGGAGUUACUUCUUUUGGGAAAUUUUGUGGCUUUGCUAACGCACCUGCCAUUUACACAAAAGUUUCCAGUUAUGUUUCGUGGAUAGAAAGCGUUGUAUGGCCAUGA